GAAUGUAUUCCUGAAUGUGUUUAAAUUGUCUUUAGAUAUCUUGGAUUACAUGUUCUCGUUGCCGAUUGUUUUCUCCUGGGUGUAUCAUUUUCUUUGUAAAUGUAUCAUCCAGCAGAAAGAACACUCUGGCAUAAACAAGAAAACUUGGAUAAUGCAGGCAUUACGGACAUAGAUUCAAAACACAAGGAUCCACUGAUGUGCAGCCUGUAUGCCCCUGAUAUAUAUAGGAAUUUACACGCAACAGAGCUUGACAGGAGGCCUUCUGGCGAUUAUAUGGAGAAGCUGCAGCGAGACAUCAACCCGGGCAUGCGGGGAAUACUGAUUGAUUGGCUUGUGGAGGUUAGUGCGUACAGAGUCAGAUUUGGACGCAUGAGACUAUACUGUACAUUCCUUGUUGAAAUACAAAGAUACCUCAGAACUGUUUGGAAUUCAUGUUUCUCUUUUCUAGGACAUUAAGUAAAUAGUAUUAAUAGUCUUCAUUACUUCAAAAUGCAACUUUUUCCUCAUGUUCUCAAGAAAUCAUCCUUUUUUUUGUUUUUUUUCCCUCACUUGUAAAUAUAUAGAAAAUCAAGUAGGCGUUGCACUCUCCAAUUCUACCUUUUUGACCUCGUUUGAGCACUGCACUGUUGUCUUCAGUUUUUAUUAUAAAAUCAAAAUUUCAAACACGUGACAUCCAAGAAUCUUAAUCUUUUAAGAAGAGCUGGAUAUCUUGGUUACCUAGUGUUGGAAAAAAUGGUUUAAUGGGUCAACUUUGAGCCCA